CAACUUCGCGUAUUUGCUGGCAAUCUCUCCAAUAAAACAUCGCCGGUCGAAUUGCUGAUUAUUUUUCUAUUAGAAUUGGAAAACAUGUCUACUGUUUAACCCCUGAAAAUAGCUAAUAAUCAGUGAAAUUAAAAAAGUUGAAAAUAUUUUUCGAUAUGAAAAUGUCAAGUACUGAUGUAGAAGAAAAAAUAUCAAACAAGCAGGAUUUUGCUGUUGAGGGGGAAGAAGGACAUGAUGCAGGGAAGGGAGAGGAGGAAGUUGUUGCUGGGGGAAAGGUUGAAGAUGACCUAGAUGGUGGAGGGCAGGUUGACGAGGUAGAGGAUGAAGGAGAGGAAGAGAGUCGAGUCUUUAUCCAGAAUAUAACUGCGACCGUACUCUCGGCACACAGGUUUGGAAUAUAUAUUUCCUUUGUCCAUGAGGAAAAUUCAGAAAUAGGAGUUCUCUUUCCCGGCAAAUCAUUCGUCAACGGAACUUUACUUUUAGGGGAUGCUGUGCGAACAGAUCAAGAACUGUCUCUUCUCUUCCCUGUCGGACUCAAAGUAUAUGCAGAUAUGGUCUCACAGGUUCCCCGGCUGGUUCCUGAGUCUGGUUCCUCCCCUAGUUUCAGGGAUGAUAAAGGAGAAGAGAAGAAAUGUUGCUGGGUUAUAAACUGUCUCUGGGUUGGGGAUCUAGACUGUAAACCAGAUAAAAACAGUUUGAAUGAUGGAACUUUAUUCAGAGCUGAAGAUUCAUCUUUCAAGUAAGAAAUGUUAGGUUAUCAAUAUAAUUAUAAUAAUUAAUAUAAUUCAGGAAU